AUACCCGGCGGCAAAGGCGAAAUCUGGGGUACAUUGACCCCUUCAUCUGGAAGCAUGUCCAAGAUGCAUGCACCCCGGCCACAACCGGUAAAACCAUGGCAUCUGACCUCUCAGAUGCGAAUUUCGGAGUGAUGUCUAUCAAACAAUCUACUAUGGACCGGUUAGUUGUACGGCUCAUCUAUGUCUUCAAGCAUAUGAAGGAUAUGGCGAAAUCAAUCCUAGACAUCCCGUGGAUCGACUCACAAGCUUAUAAACAGCGCCUAUCUUCCUCAACAGAACACUGAACCACCAGUCCUUCGAUUCACAAAUCAACCACCAUGGUCGCCUUCUCCUCCAUCAUCGUCGCUCUCAGCGGCGCCGCCACUGUCCUCUCCUCUCCCUUGGAUCUCAUCACGCGCAGCACGCCCCAAGGCACCGGCACGCACAACGGUUUCUUCUACUCUUUCUGGUCCGACAAUCAAGGCCAAGUCACCUACAACAACGAGGCGGGUGGCAAGUACAGCGUCAGCUGGAACAACGUCGGCAACUUCGUCGCGGGCAAGGGCUGGAACCCCGGCGGCCCCAAGGUCGUCAACUACACCGGCACCUGGAACGCCGCCAACGUCAACUCGUACGUCAGCUUGUACGGCUGGACGCGCAACCCGCUCGUCGAGUACUACAUCGUCGAGAGCUACGGCAGCUACAACCCGUCUAGUGGUGCGCAGAAGAAGGGUACCAUCCAGAGCGAUGGCGGUACCUAUGAUAUCUAUCAGACCACCCGCGUCAACCAGCCCAGUAUCGAUGGCACGUCGACUUUCCAGCAGUACUGGAGUGUGAGGACGCAGAAGAGGGUUGGUGGGACCAUCACUACGGGAAAUCAUUUCGAUGCCUGGGCCAAGGUUGGACAGAAGCUGGGAACGCACAACUAUAUGAUUCUUGCUACUGAGGGGUACCACUCUAGCGGCAGCGCGUCGAUUACGGUGCAAGGGCCGUGAGGGCCGAGUCGUUGUUUAUGUGGAAGAAAGGGUGAAGGGCCGGGUUGGGAGCCAUGCGUGACUUGUAAAUAGUGUUGAUGCUGACAGGGAGUUGGGUGGGUUUGUGGGGCUUAUGGGAAGAAGCACGAUGG